AAGCUUGAAGAAAGCAAAAACUACGUAGAUAUUUAAUAUAAUAGUUACAUUACAUUAUUAUAUUUUUUUUACCGCCAGGAAGUGAAGACUGUACGAGGCAUUGGCAAGCCGCAGCAAUGACCACGGUACCUCAGGACUCUGAUGUGCACAUCACAUAUGAGGACCAACAGAAGAUCAACAGGUUUGCCCGCUGCAAUGCCCGUCACGGAGACAUCAAGGAGGAACUCAAGAUCAAGGAGAAUGAUCUCCAAAACCUGCAAGAUGCUGAGGACGAGAUGAUGAUUGCCCUUGACUCUGAUGAGAAGGUGCCAUUCAUGGUGGGAGAGGUGUUCAUCAUGAAAUCUCAGGAGGAGGCCCAGGAGGCCAUCGGAGCCCAGCGAGAGACCUUGCAGGAAGAGAUUAGCGGCCUCAACAGCCGGAGUUCAGAGCUGCAGGACACUAUGACACAGCUCAAGGGGGACCUCUAUGCUAAAUUUGGCAAUAACAUUAACUUGGAACCUGAAGAGGAGUAAAGAAUCACGAAUGCCGUUAGUGUAUUGAAUCUUCUGGACUUUCGAAAAGGCAUUUAUAAUGCUAUUUACUUUAAUAUUUAAUCAUAUUAUUUUAUAUUAAAUGUUAUAUAUUUUCUUUUGUGUGCAAUGAAAAUUAAUUAUGUCAAUUUACUCACUGAAAUUAAUCCAACUGCACUCUUGUUUGUUAAAAUGUGAUCAUUAUGUCAAAGCUUUGUUAUCUGGAAACUAAUACCAUGUCUACUGUUAGUGUGUUAAUGGACAAGAGUCAAGAAACUGUCAGAAACUAUUCUGGAUAAAAGAAAACAAUGCUAAUGUAUUACCUUUAAUAUAAUACAAUCAUAAA